AAUUUUUUUUUCCACCAUUAAUCUUCUUUCCUUUUCAAGUUUGAACAGAAUAGUUGGUAACUUUCAAUAAGUUUGUGAUCUGUGAAUUCAAAUAGUUUUCCACUACAUGUCUUCAGAUUUGACAAAGUACUUCCACAAGAGAACCUGUUAAAUUCGGUUGUUGAUGUAUCACCAAAUGCCCAAUAUCAGAGUGCAACGAAAAAUAUAUUCAAGCGUGAGGGGCUAUUAUAUUUCUUUUCAAGAUUUUCUUUCCCAAAUGAGUUAAAAAUGUCUGUGCGCGAGCAUGCACACACACAUGUAGAAGAAAGCAAAGCCAUUUGGAAGCAAAUCCUUCUGAAUGUUACAGAGUUUUCUACUUCAGUCAGAAGUCAUGACGAUGCCCUUUACAUUCAAUAUAGGAGAGUUGGAAUUCCUGUGGUCAAUGGAACCCAUAACAGGAAUGUGCAGCAUAUGAGUUUUAAGACUAAUGGAGUUUUGUUAUUUUAAUCUGGACAACUUCAGGUAUGAUGGUGGAGGUUUCAUCCCUAUUGAACACUGGGGCAUUGCUAUUUGUUCUUACGUGAGACAGAGAUUGACAGAAGAAGGAGAAUGGGGUGAGAUGUUAUUUCACAUAGAAGGAAGCUUAGACAGAGAAAUUUAGGAACACUCUGCAGACAAACAAGCCUUUGCUCAAAUGGAAGAGAACAAUGGUGUAGCAUAUGUGGUUAUUGAUGAGGCAAUUCCUCCCAGGAUUGAUAACUUCAAGAAGGUUUCUGUUUUACCUCUUGUUUUCCUAAUCUUCUAUGAGGUAUCUGGGGGCCCCUUUGGUUUUGAGGACACCGUUCAGGCGGCUGGUCCCCUUUUAGCUCUUCUUGGUUUUCUGGUUUUCCCAUUCAUAUGGAGUGUUCCUGAGGCCCUAAUAACAGCUGAAAUGGGUACCAUGUUCCCGGAGAAUGGAGGGUAUGUUGUUUGGGUCUCAUCAGCUCUAGGACCAUAUUGGGGUUUUCAGCAAGGUUGGAUGAAAUGGCUAAGUGGUGUCAUUGAUAAUGCACUAUACCCAGUUCUGUUUCUAGACUAUCUGAAAUCAGCAAUCCCAGCUUUAGGUGGUGGUUUACCAAGGAUAGUAGCCGUAUUAAUAUUGACUGUGGCUCUCACUUACAUGAACUACAGGGGUAUGACGAUUGUCGGAUGGGUCGCUCUACUCUUAGGGGUGUUCUCGAUUCUCCCUUUUGUGGUUAUAGGACUUCUGGCAAUCCCAAAAUUGAAGCCCUCGAGAUGGUUAGUCGUAAACCUGCACAAGGUUGAUUGGGGUUUGUACCUUAACACUCUCUUCUGGAAUCUGAAUUACUGGGACUCAAUUAGUACUCUUGCUGGAGAGGUGGACAAUCCAAAGAAAACUCUCCCAAGGGCUCUCUUUUAUGCUUUGAUCUUGGUUGUUCUUGGAUACUUUUUCCCACUUUUGAUUGGUACUGGGGCUAUCCCACUCAACCGUGAUUUGUGGACAGAUGGUUAUUUCUCAGAUAUUGCUAAAAUUUUAGGUGGAGUGUGGUUGAGAUGGUGGAUUCAAGGAGCUUCUGCAUUAUCUAAUAUGGGGAUGUUUUUGGCUGAGAUGAGCAGUGACUCUUUCCAACUUCUGGGGAUGGCAGAACGUGGGAUGCUUCCUGAGUUCUUUAGAAAGAGGUCUCCUUAUGGAACCCCUUUAAUUGGAAUCUUGUUCUCAGCUUCUGGGGUUGUUUUUUUGUCAUGGCUGAGCUUUCAAGAGAUUGUAGCUGCAGAGAACUUCUUGUACUGUUUUGGAAUGAUUAUGGAGUUUGUUGCAUUUGUAAGGUUAAGGAUGAAGCACCCAGCUGUGUCAAGGCCAUUUAAGAUACCAGUGGGGACAAUGGGAGCCAUUUUAAUGUGUAUUCCUCCAACUGCAUUGAUCUGUGUGGUAUUAUCUCUUGCUUCUCUUAAUGUUAUGGUUGUAAGUCUCACAGCUGUGCUGAUUGGUCUUGUCAUGGAGCCUAGUCUCAGGUACAUUGAGAAGAAGAAAUUGGUCAAGUUCUCUGUAAGUUCUGACCUUCCAGACCUUUAUGCAAAUCAUGAGAGUACUGAAUCCUUAAUCGAUUGAGCAAAUAUUUGAACUUGAUGUUAAAUAAAGUCAUCAUCAACUUCCUUCCAUUGAUUAUUAGGCAGUUAGUGUUUUUCCUCCUCUGCCUCCCUAUUCUUGUAUUCAAAAGAAACAACUUCAUGGCCAAGAGUUCUAUAUGAUCUAUUGAUCCAUUGUAACUUUUAGAAGGCAA